AUGGCUACUACUUCUACCUUCAUCCUCGACCCGUACUUCGGCGAGCUCUUCUCGUCCUACACGCCCGCACAGCAAGCAGCCAAUGUGGACUCCCUGCGCACGCUCAUGGACAAGAUCCAGUCCGGCGACGCACACGCGCGCCGCGAGAUGGGCAUCAUGUCGCACCCCGCAGACGGCGAGGAGGACGCGGAGGACGAAGUGCGCGUUGCGCUCGCGCAGUGUUCGUGGCAGAUGGCCCAGCUGCUUCGUUUCUCAUCACCCCCGCGCCUCGCUGAGGCAGAGCCAUAUCUCCGCACCGCACUGGCCCACGCGCCGAAUGACCCCGACCCCACACUCUACCUCUCCGUCGUCCUCUCCCUGAACUCCGCGCGCUCCGAGGAGGCUAUGUCGACUUACAACGGCAUUAUCAACGCCUCCGGGAACGUAUACACCAAUGCGUGGGCCGGCGCCGCUCUGGCGCGCAUGCUGCGUAGGACAGGACGAACCGCCGAGGCACAGACGCUCGAGGCGCGUGCGGUCGCUUCACUUCGUGGUCUCCCGCCCGCCUCGGUCCGCAUGCUCUUGCCGUCCGACGAUACCGCCAUCCUCGAGCACCCCGCCGUGCGCGCGCUGCUUGGCUCCGACUCUGCGUCUGCUACUGGCCCUGGUGCGCCGCUGCGCAAGUCGACUGCUGUUACUGCCUAG